AAAUGUCAAAAUUAUGGGAAAUUAAAAAAAAUCACACGCUACCGGAACUGGAAAUGGUUUGAAACUGUAGAUCCGCAGCGCUUGGCUUGGUAAUGGAUAACUAUAGAGCACAUGUACACGUUAAACUAGCGAAAGAAAGUUUUGAAGAAAAGGAGAAUGACAUAGGUUUUUUUUAAAGAAAAAUGUUUACCAAGCAAAACAAACUAGCCAAUUUUACUAAGAAGAAAAUGAUAACAGCAACAUUAUGGUAAAUCGCAACGGAGUUUAAUGCUGACGCUAACAAGAGCUGAUUAACAUAGCAGGCUUUGAACCAUGCAUGCUACGCACAUUCACUCACUUUACAGAAACGAAAUAAUUCUAAUGGACAUCGGCUGCACGUACACAAACACACUCACAUACACAUACGAAACCAGAAGGGGCAAAAGGCUGUAACAACAAAUGGCAUCAUGGUAAAUCAAAUUCGGAGAAAAAAAAAUUGUGUAAAUUUUAUACAAACUUAUCGAACAACCAAUAAAAAAGAACUCGAGAUUUCAUCCGCUAAAAGACGCAAAACAAGGCUUGAUCAUCCAAUAAAAAAUAUAAAAAAGUGAUGCAAUUAUCCGCGUAGGAUAUAACCAAAGCGUAAUUUAAAUAAUCACAAUAGUAACAAACGUAAAACCCACAUUAAAUAUGCAAUUAUAGAAGAGUGGAAUUGCUUUUUCGAUGAACUUUUUUUUCUUACUUUGAUUAUAUGAUGAUUUUGGGCUUGUGUAUUUCGCUUAGCAAAACCAACCAUGAUCGAUUUAUCUGAGUGAAAACGGAGAAGAAUCAAACAACUAAACGCUUAUUAGUUUUUACGCUGAAACAAUGACACUAGAAAAAAAAAAAGAAACAAUGAUUGAUGCAAUGUCGGCUUAUCUAGAAAACAGCAACAACCGUAAACCAAAAAGAUGGUGAAAUAUACUAAAGCUAUGUUUCGAAAAAAUUGCAACAUACAGAUAUUAAUCAAACAUCGCUUAGUUAGUAUAAACUUUCAACCUAAAUCGACGAACAAAGUAAACCCAAAUCCAUUACACGCGUUUAGAAAGACAACAUAACUAGUGAAUACACAUUUCAUAUACACUCAACCAAACACACAAUAAAAAGCAGCGAAGAACUAAACUAAACUAUAACUUGAAUGGGGCAUUUCACUCACUUUCUUAUGAGAAAACCAGAACAUCGUGACGAAUGAUUGUGAACAAGUUUUCCAUGUGCUAAAUCAACUUGCAAACUUCUAAAAGUAAAAUAACUAAAACGCUAAUUCUCAAUCAAGAGGUUUGACGUGAACUUUCUCUGUGUCAGCAAGAAAGAAGAAUCACAAAGCAGGCUGCCGGAAAGCCGUUCCGGUGAGAAAUCGAUCAAGCAAAUAGGGUAACGAUUGUAAAUUAUAUCUGAUUGUGCUAUGAAAAAAAAAAUACUUUGGAACUCAUACUUAUUUCAGUAAGUGCGAAAAAACUACAAACUGCUAAGGACAAUUGUGUAUAUUUCAGAAGAAAGAAAAAAAUAAGUGAUGUGAUGCAAAAUCUGCAAACAAACAAAAAAAAUCUGAUAACAGGAAGCAUUAGAAGUUAGCGAAUACCAAAAGAGAAAAGGAAACAGUGGUGCAACAAAAUGUACGGUCGAUUGUUUGUUUGAUUGGAAAAUGGGAUGCGGAAUGAAAUCGAGAAACAUUAUUUCCUUUCGGAUGUGGUUCGUUGCCGAAAACUUGAACGAACCAAGGGGGAACAGCAACCAGGAAAGGAAACACAACACAAGAGAAGUUGCGAGGCAAACCAACAGUGUAAAAUUGAAUACCAUGUUUUGUAAAGAUAAGUAUUAUUGUUCUCUAAUGAUGAUGGAAGGAAGACAAAAAAUAUACAUUUGAGACAUACACACGCCAUGAAGAAAUGAACGCAUGAUGUUUUAUUCUGUCCCAAAGCUGGCUACUAGAUCGCCCAGAUCAACUGUUUGAACACACUGAUCGAAGCAAGCGAAUCACGCUUUCGCAAUUGACAGUUCGUACGCGGAAGUAAACAGUGAACACGUGUUACCAUCUUUCCCUGAUAAAACAUUGCAAUGAAUUUUAUGAAAAAUCGUAUCGAUCGACCGGUGGAACCUCUUCCCAAGCCGCAAGUUUUUCGACAUAUUGACCUCCGGCCAAGCAGCAGUCGAGCCGCUAGUAAAAGCAUCCACGACACGCUGAACCAAACGGUGGCCGCCAACGAGCCAUAUCCAAUAUGUGCCGUGGCGGAAGGGCGAGGCCAUGCCACACUGGAGAUCGGGUUGGCCGGCAUCGACAUCGCGGCACCGGUGCUGCAAAUGUCGCAGUUUAGUGACAACUUUUGGUACUCGAACAUCCUAACCUCGCUGCAGGCACUGAAUCCCGUCAUGGUAUUUUUCAGUGACCACUCACUGAAUACUCGGGCUUCCAAUCUACCAAACUUGAUCCGGCAGCUUUUGCCCCACGUCCAGAUCGUAAGCCUACCCAGAAGCUUCUUCAACGAUGGUUUCGCCAUGAAGCACAUGGAUAGCCUUUGCUGUUCGGCUUUCCAAACUUUGAAGGACACACUCCGUGCCAAGUACUACGGAUUGGCAGCAGUCGGAGCCCUUAUUCGACAUUGCUUUGAAAGCAAUCUUCUGCGGAUUGCUCCCAAGUCAUUGCAGUUUUGCUACUUGAGCAAACGCCAAACCAUGACAAUCGAUGUCGAGUGUAUUGGACAUCUGGAGCUGAUUUACUCACUGCAUAAGUCGAAUGACAAGCAUUCGUUGUAUCGUCUGCUGAAUCACUGUAUCACAAGUGUAGGCAAGCGACACUUGAGAGCUAACUUAUUAGAGCCUAGCAGUAGCCGUGAAUUGCUGGAAACUCGAUUGGCUUGCGUUGAUGAACUGCUGAUGAAGAGCGACCUGCUGUGUGGAAUACAGCGUAUUCUACGGGACUUGGUAGAUAUCGGUGGACUAAUGAAGCUGGCAGUGGAUGUUGACAAGUCGAGAACUACUAAGCAGAACACCAUACAUGUAUUGAAUCAGGCUAAAACAUUACGCAAUGCGUUAAGAAGUGUUCCAGAACUCAAAGCCCUGCUAGAAGACGUCCAGUGUUCAAUCUUGCUGGACAUUAAAGAUACUCUCUCGAAUGAAGUAUACAAACAGCUGAAUGAUAGAAUUAGUACAGUGCUAGAUGUGGAAAGCGGAAACGUGCAUGUUUCCGACUAUCAUCGGCUGUUUCUGGUUAAGUCAAAAGUUUCCUCAACGCUAGACGUCCUCCGCAGUCUAUACUCAGAAGUAAUUGAUGAAAUCCGGGAAUACGUGGCUAAUCUUACCCAAGAAUAUCGGAUGUUACUGAAAAUGAGUUACACAAAAUCUUUGGGAUUCCACAUGCAAGUCGCUUUCAAGGAUGCAGGACCUUCAUUCCCACGAAUAUUUAAAAUUCUGAACCGAUCCGGACAAAGGUGUUGCCUGACUACGGGACCGCUACAAGCCUUCAACGAAAGGAUUAACGGAAUUGUCAAGGAAAUCGAGAUGGUCAGCUUUAGCGUUAUUAAGCAGCUCAUCGAUGAUAUUAGGGAACAUGUGGAAUCGAUCUACGCGUUGGUAGCGAACGUAACCGAUCUGGAUGUGCUGCAGUCGUUGGCCGUUGUUAGUCAGAAUAAGGAAUUUUGCCGACCAACGUUUUCAAGAUCUACCAAGAUAGUGGCUGCUCGACAUCCUUUACUCGAAGCGUAUGGGGAGGUUGAGAAAGUGGUUAAGAAUAAUAUCAUAGCAACCCCCGAGUACAACGUAUUCAUCGUAACAGGGCCCAACAUGAGCGGCAAGACGGUCUACAUGAAAACGAUUAGUCUGCUGCAGAUCAUGGCCCAGUUGGGUUGUUACGUUCCAGCGGCCAGAGCUGAGUUUCGUAUCGCCGAUCGUCUGAUGGUUGUUUUCGGUGCUGCGGAGAACAUCGAACACGACCUCUCGAAUUCAUCACGAAUGUCCCGUAAGCUGGAAACCAUUGCCCAUAGCUUGACGGUGAAUAGCUUGGUGGUGAUUGAUGAGCUCUUCGGCGACACGCAGUCACCGGACCCAAGUGGACCGCGCUGGAAGCUGCUGGAAAGAAUUGUUAGCUUCGUGGGAUUCAAGGCGGGAGCUGCUUGUGAAAGUCUUGCGGCAGUAGAGAGACCAUUCGUAUAUCUUACGACACAUUGUCAUGAUAUGCUACGCCCGCUGGAGCACAUGCAUAACGUUUCCCGUCUAUGUCUACAAACGGAAGUGUUGGACGUUGAUGGAUUCGAACGUCUGCGCUACAAAUACACGGUAGCAGAAGGCAAAACCAAUGUCAAGAACUACGGCAUCGCAUUGGCAAGGUGUGUGCGCAUUCCGGAGACUGUGAUUUCUCGUGCUGAGCAAAUCAACGAAGACCUGAAGAACCGCACAAUUGGUGGACGUUUUACACACAAUACGACAACAUUCAACGGAUCCUUUUCGACUCAGGCUAACCUACAGCACUUCGAUAAACGUCUGUACGAUUUGUACGCUCAGUUAGCACUGCUGAUGUCGGAAGGCAACGCGGAGAACAUGGAAGCAUUGGGUGUUCAGAUCAACGAACUUCUGGAAAGAUUUGUAGGCACGCUACCAGUUGAUGUGGUGAAUUAUCUGAAAGAAACUCCGUUGGAAUCGCUGCUGGCUACGAAGAACCAAACGCAGAACGUGAACUCCGAUUUGACGAUGCCAAGCGUAAGUGAAGGCAUUGCCGGAGAGAGCGAAGCGAUAGCUACUGGCGGAAGCGAGCCAUUCGAAAUCGAUGAGACGAUUAUGAUUGAUGAGGAUUCGCAAGAAAUAUAGAUUGAUACAUGUACCUUCGUUUAUAUAGCAGAAGAUUCUCAUAUUAGACUCAUUGUUUUAAAUAUUUUCAAUUACCAGUUAUAUGUAGAUAGAACCAAACUAUUUUGAAUCAAAUGAAAUGAUAAUAAAAAUCCUUUAACAAACA